UUCCUAUCCAGAAAUGGCAGUGAGAAUUGCCGUAUUUCAUCAAAAUCAAUCGAAAACUCAGUUUCAUAGUAGUUUAAUUUCUCUCUGUCUAAAAUUCUCCGUCUCUCUCUAAAUUGUUCACUGUCAUUCAUCAUUCCACAGUACAAUCUCCUCUUCAACAAUUUCUACUCUACAAAAAGAGAGAGAGAGCUAUAGAGUGGAGGAGGGACUAGGGAGUUAUGGCUGCUGUCUCAAUGUCAGCUUGCAGUGCCACCACCCUUAACCUAACAAAUGGUUUGAGACCAAAAACAUCAGUCUUAACUGAAGUUAUCUCGCAUACUAAAAUUCCAACUCAACAUCGAACGAAUAAGAAGAAGCCGUUGCAACGUAAAUUUACAGUGUUAGCUGUGACCAAAGGUUCAUCGUCGAAGUCCAGCGAAUCAGAAGAGAAAAUCCCGUCUUGGGCUAAACUAGAUUCUGAGGAACCACCUCCUUGGGCACAACGUGAUGGUAGAGGCAGCAGCAAUGGCACAUCUGAAACAGUUGAGAUUCCUUUCUAUGGCUAUUUGCUUGCUUCUACAAUCACUGCUAUAGCUGCGAUUGGUUCAGUUUUCGAAUACAUAAACCAGAAGCCAGUUUUUGGAUUACUCAAUUCAGACAGCAUCUUCUAUGCACCUGUGCUCGGGUUCUUUGCCUUCACUGGUGUUCCCACUUCGGCUUUCCUUUGGUACAAAUCUGUGCAAGCUGCUAACAAGGCAGCAGAGGAGCAAGACAAGAGAGACGGCUAUUAGAGGCUAGACAUGCAUUUAUAAGCUGCACCUUCAUUGAACUUCUUAUUUAGUACAGCAUGUAUUUGCCACGCAAAAUAUCAUGUCUUUCAUAUUGAAAAUCAUUGGUUAUCACAGACUCAUCACUUGGCGGUCUGACACUUUGAGCCAAAAUAAUAAUACCAAGAUUUUCUGCAACAAAUAACCAAGAGUAUUGUGUAUGCCCAGUAAAAGAAAAGUGGAACAAAAAAUGGGAGAUUGCAAGGGAAA